AUGUCGAAAGUCAUUGAGCAACCCCAGCAGUAUAAGCAACCCUCGAGGAAGGGCAAAAAGGCGUGGCGCAAAAAUGUCGACAUUACCGAGGUCAACGAGGGCCUCAGAGUAGUGCGGGACGAAGAAAUCCAAGGAGGUGUUGUAGCAGAGAAACCAUCGGAAGAGCUCUUUACCCUGGAUGUGACUGGCGACCCAGAAAUAGAGAAAGUAUCCCGAAAGAAACGCAAGCCUCUGAAGGCCGAUGAAAUCCUCGCACAGCGAUCAGCAAUCCCCGCAGUUGACAGCCGCAAACGAGUGAACUCGAAAGUCACUGAUGGGAUCAUUGAGCCCAAGACAAAGAAGCAGAAGAGUGACUGGGUUAGCAACAAGGAAUGGGAUAGAUUGAAGCAGGUAGCCAAAGACAACAAGCCUGUCGCCAAGCAGGACGGCGAGAUACAACAUGAUCCAUGGGGUGACUCACCCGAAGUUUCCAAUACCGACGACUCCAAAUUCAGCUUUUUGCCCAAGCCAAAGGCCCCGAUUGUCCCCGUGACAUUGAAAACGGCUCCCAUAUCACUGGCUGCGAACGGCAAGCGUAUACCGGCGGUUAAGAAACCCGAAGGCGGAGCAAGCUAUAACCCUUCCUUUGAAGAAUGGGAUAGUGUUUUGGUCACAGAAGGAGCUAGAGAAGUUGAAGCCGAGAAGAAGCGGAUCGAGGAAGCCGAAAAGGAGGCAGAACGACAACGUCUCGUCGAAGAAGCGCAAGGUGACGACGGCCAAGUAAAGUCGGAUGAUGAAAGUGCUUGGGAAGGAUUUGAAAGCGAGUACGAAAAGCCAGAAUGGCUGAAUAAGAAGCGGCCGGAGCGUAAAACACAGGCCCAGCGGAACAGGAUCAAGCGGCGGAAAGAAGCCGAAAGAAAGGCGAGAUGGGAAGCCAAGAUGAAGCAAAAGGAUGAGCAAGCGCAGUUGGUGAAAGACAUUGCUCAACGUCUUGAGGAGCAAGAGGAAAUCCGCAAGCAACUGCAAAUUAACAAUGAUUCGUCUGAUGAAGGCGAUGACACUGUUCUGCGCCGACGUCCUCUGGGCAAGAACUUUGCUCCUGAAAAGCCCCUCGAAGUGGUGCUUCCUGAUGAGCUGCAAGAAUCCCUACGACUUUUGAAGCCAGAGGGCAACCUGUUGGAUGACCGCUUCAGGACCCUGAUUGUCCAGGGCAAACUCGAGUCGCGCAAACCAGUAUCUCAGCCCAAGAAAGCCAAGAAGUCGCUCACUGAGAAGUGGACCCAUAAAGACUUCCAAGCGACUUUGAACAAAGAAAAGCCCGCAAGCAAACGGGCGACGGAGAUACAAUCGCAGAAUGGUCUGAAGAGGAAAAGGACCACCAACAUCACCGUUGAGAAGAAAGCAGACAGACCCCGGAAAUUUCUUAAACCUAAAAGGAUGUCUGAGGUUGUUGAAGAAGAAAAACGGGUGAAAACACCAUCAUCACGGCGAAGUUCUACCGCUAGCAAGGAAGUACAUCGCGACGGGCAGAUCAAUGAAGGACUCUCACCUACCGCCGAGGUAGGAAAAUAUGUCGCAAUCGACUGUGAAAUGGUUGGCGUCGGUCCCAACCCCGACAAAGAAUCAGCUCUUGCUCGCGUGAGCAUCGUGAAUUGGAACGGCGACCAGGUCUACGACUCGUUUGUCAGACCUAAAGAAAUGGUCACGGACUGGAGAACGCAUGUCAGCGGAAUUGCGCCCAAGCACAUGAUUGACGCCCGCUCGUUCGAAGAUGUCCAAAAGGAUGUAGCGCAAAUACUGGAAGACGCCAUCCUAGUCGGCCAUGCAGUUCGCAACGACCUAAACGCGCUGAUCCUCACUCAUUCGAAGCGUGAUAUUCGCGACACAAGCAAAUACCCAGCUUAUCGAAAGCUUGCAGGCGGAGGGUCGCCGUCACUCAAGUUGUUGGCCGCCCAGCUUCUUGGCUUGAAAAUACAGGAAGGAGCCCAUUCGAGUGUGGAAGAUGCAAGGGCUACAAUGCUUCUUUUCCGCAGAGAAAAAGAAGGCUUUGAGCGAGAGCAUGCAAAGAAGUGGCCAGCACGAGUUGUGCCCAUUAUCACGGCCCGGGAUGAUGACGAUGCUGCAAAGGCCAAGAAGAAGAAAAAGACGAAAAAGAAGGGCCGUAAGAGGUGA